AUGAGUCUGGGUGGCCGCAGGUCGAGCAGCCCGGCGGAGGAGCCCAAGGAAGGGAGCCGCUUGCUCCUCUCCUUGGACGCCCAGCCCCGGCAGCAGGUACUUCCAGGGGCACCUCCCCGGCCUCCUUGCACUGGUUUAACGCGCGGAGGUGGAUGCAAGCUCCCGCUUCCCGGGCAAAGCGGCAGAGUCGGGCGCUGCCGUCCCCGCGUCUCCUCAGACAACGGGCCCAGAAAACCGCCUCCAGGGUGGGUCGCUGACCCUGGGCCCGCUGACCCCGAGGCCGGGGCAAAGCUGCUCCCGCCCCGCCCCGCCUGGCCGCGGGCGCUGGGCUCGGGCUCCGCGGAGAAGCGGCGCUCUGGGCGGCGGCGGGGCCGGCGCGCCCCACCCCCCGCGCAGGACGGGCCGGCUCGGGCCUCGCACGCGGUCUGCUCCGAGCGACGUUCGCCCACCCCGUCGGCCUGCGCGCCCGCGGACCAGCCGCGAGCCCCCGUCCCGCGUGCGCCCCCGCACGGACGCAGAGCCAGGGCAGCCGCCAGCGGGCCGGGCGGGGACGCAGCCGUCCUGGGUGAGGUCCGCGGAGCCCGCCGGCCCCGGGGUUGGAGGCGCCGCGGGAGGGACACACGAGCCCCGCAGGCCGCGGCCUCCCGACGCCAAGGGGAGCGACGCCGCGCCAGCCCCACGGACACCGGAGGCCGUCCGGGCUGCCCGACGCCACGGAGCCGCUGGCCCCGAAGACCCUCCGGCCACGGAAGACGCGCCCCUGCGGCCUGGCGCCCAGCCCCGCCGCCUGCCACGCCGCCCCGCACGCGCCGAGCCACGCGGGCAGCCCCGCCGCCCUCCGGUCACAUGACCCCGGCUGGACCAAUCGCGGCACCUCGCCUCUCGCUUCCUCUGGGAAGAGCACACCUCACUGCCCCAGCUGCCCUGCCUGGUAGCCGGAGCCUGUCCCGGAGCCACAGUGUCAGCUUGGCCAAAGAGGAGCCUGAAGACAAGAAAGCCGGCGGGAGGAAAGCCGGCGGGCCACGUCUCCCCCCCGCGUCCGCGCGACGCAGCCCCAGACCCUCUCCUCCGCUCCCGGCCCCGGAGCGCAGUGGCCUGGGGGGCGCCGGGGGUGCGGGGGGGCAGAAGCCGGGCGCCCGGCCCCGGGGAAGGGAGGCCCGCGGCGCGGCAGCCGCCUGCCCCGAACAGGCUGGUGGCCUUGAGGCGGUCACUGCAGCCCUGCGCGCAGCGAGGGCAGCCACCACCCGGCCCCGCACCUCAGACCGGCCGGAAGGCGGCACAGCGCUUCGCGCGCACACGGCGCUCGGGGUCUCCGAGACGGCUGGGGCGGCGCGGGGAGCCCUGGGCCGGGGGUCCCCGGGGCGAAGCGCGGGCGCGGUCGCCGUCCGGUCCCCGAGGAGCGGCCCCGAUCCCCACGCCCCGCCCACCCGCCGCGGCCCGCGAACCGCCGCGCGCGUCGCCCCACGUGGGGCCGCACGGGCUCGCGGCUCCGGCUCCGGAUUGGUCACCGUUCGGCCAAUCAGAGGUCACCGUCAGCUGCGGCCGCGCCGAUUGGCCGCCGCGGGCUGGCCGGGGGAGGGGGCGGGGCUCCCUUUUGUUCUUUCUUCCUCGGCGCGGCGCGCCCCACCUCCCGCUCCCCGCCUCCCGGGACCCCCACCCGGAGCCGGGCCCGGGCCGCCUGGGAUGUGGUGGGGGCAGCAGGCCGCCGCCCGACGUCCCUCCAAAAUGGCCGCGCGGGGGGCCAGGCCUUGCCCCCGCCCCCGGCUUGUUCACACGCAGGAGAAAGACCCGCCGCCUGACACGCGGCCUGUGAGGGGCCUGACCUUGCCCCGGCCCGCUCGGUCUCUGUCGCGCGGUCCCCGUACCCUCGCCCCCUCCGGUGUCCUCGGAGCUGUGCAGAGGAGCGCGCCAGAACCGAGCCUGCGCUCCGGGUGGCCACCAAGGAGACCACCAAGCCAUGGCUGGGGCCCUAGGAAGGGGGGCAGCCAGGCCCCAGGGGAUCCUUGGCCCCCCUUCCACCCCCAUUGACCUGGAAAAGCCCCAAAGCCCUAGUUAAUGGAGAAGAUGGAACCCUAACAACAGCCCGGGAAUAGCAUCUCGACCAAAACAGGACUUAUCUGCCUGGAACUGGAAGUCCGUACAGACCAUGAUUCCCUGGGAAAGACAGACUGAUCUGAUCAGAAUUCGGAAUACCUCUGUGCCACCGCGGGGCAGUCCCUCAGCCAUAGAUGUCUCUUUGGCUGCAGCUCCCAGCAAGCAGCGUGGGAGCUGGGGCCUCCCCCGCAGCCCGGCUGUAGUGGCCCCUGGAAGGACUCCCAGCCCCAGGGCCUUGGCAGGUGUCUGCUGCCUCCCUGGGGGUGGGGUGCUGGGAGGCUGACGUCUGCAGAGUGCUUUUAGUGUCGGACAAAUUGAAUCAAUUAAGCAGGCCCCAUCCGGGUGGCUGGGCAUGGCGCACAGGAAGAGGGGAAGUGGAGGCGAUGGGGCUGCACGCCUGUCUCUCGGGGUGUCUCCCUGGUGCACUCGGGGGGCAAGAUGGGAGCAUACACCCCUUUCCCUGCUGUUCGGGGGGCUGACCGCCGCAGUGAGGGAAGAGAAGGCCACCCCGAGUGUUGUGGGGGAGAGUCCGCCAGUGGUAAGGGGUGCCUGCAUGGCCACGCUGACGGAGACCCAUUUCCCCACCUGAGUCAGGCAUUUGGGCUUUUGGGCUGCCUGCCCUAUGACCUUCUGGGGCACCAGUUUCCCAGCCCGUUGCAAGCGCGGGGACACACACACACGCACACAC